AAAUUGCAUCUGUAAAGACGAGAACGAAAUUAAGUGUAUGCUCUCUGAAACGAAAGAAAAGUGUUUUUUUUGUAGUAAAGCAAAAUUGAUGUAAAGCUCAGGUGGUAUUCCACAUGUGUAUGAAUAAGCAGUGCAUCCGAUCUUUCUUUAUUUCAGUUCAAUUUGGAACCAUGACCUCGCCAAACAGCCAUGGCAAAUCCGAUAGGAUCCCCCUCUGUCCCAAAGUGGUUGAAAAACCUCAGAUGGAGAGGGUCAUCUCGGGUUGGAAUGCGGGUAUGUUCAUUAUGUGCAGCACAAUCGGAUCAGGGAUUUUCAUAUCGCCCACAGCCGUUUUGGCUGGCACGGGAUCGCCCGGAAUGGCACUCAUAUUUUGGGCCCUAGGGGGAUUUGUAUUCACUCUGAAUGCUUUCAUCUAUGCGGAACUGGCCUUGACGUUUCCCGAAAUGGGCUCCGAUUAUGUCUUUCUUUACCACGGCCUUGGAGACUUGCCAGCCUUUAUUUUUAUGUGGACCUGCCUGGUUUUUGAAAGUACCUCAAGCCGUUGUGUCACCUCGCUCACUGUGGGACUUUAUACGUGUUCCCUGUUUUGGAAUAAUGUCGACUUUAUGUGGGAGGCCCAAGUGGUCAUUGCCAUUCUUACUCUUGGUGUUUUGACCUUCAUUCAUUGCCGUGGAACGUUUGAGGCCGUCUGGGUGUCGUGCCUGCUCACUUACUCUAAAUUGGUGGGAGUAGCCGUCAUCAUUGGGACUGGCCUUUACCAAAUAUUUGAUGUUUAUCAUGGACUCCCCGUUGAAGAUUGGUUCCAAAACACAACCCAGAGUUUGGAUGGCUACGUUCAAGCCUUUUAUGCCACCUACUGGGCUUACUCUGGAAUCGCCCCCAGUGUGACCAUUGUUGAAGAGCUGGAACAACCCGUAAAAACUAAUCUUCUCUUGGCAGUGGGGUUGAGCAUGACUUUGGUCACCAUGGUGUAUGUUGUAACCAAUUUUGCCUAUUUCUUGGUCUUGUCUCCUCCGGAGUUAUUGAGUUCAUCUGCUGUGGCAGUGUCUUACAUGAACAAGGCCCUUCCAACUUUGGCUCCCGUCAUGAUAUUUUUCGUUAUUUGCUCCACUUUGGGAACGUUGAAUAACACCAUUUUAUCCGUGGCAAGAUUACUCUUGGCUGGUGCCCGCAAAGGACAUUUACCAAAAGCUUGUUCGUUGUUGAACGUGUCCAGAAACACUCCAAUAUUCAACCUAUUGAUGUCAUUGUUUUUGACCAUUCCUUUGCUUCUGGUUGGCGGUAUCAACCAGCUGAUUCAAUUUGCGGGCUUCAUGUCCAUUCUGUUUGGAGCAUGUGCCAUAUUUUCUUUGAUCAAACUGAGAGUGACCCAGCCAUGCAAACUAAAGACCUUUCAAUUGCCAUUGAUAGUGCCGAUCUUCCAGUUUUUUGUGUACUCUCUCAUACUGAGUUAUUCCGUUUAUUGCCGACCUUACACUUUUGCCCUCGCUUUAUGUCUUGUUCUCUCCGGAAUCCCAGUAUACUUUAUAUUUGUUGAUAGAGAUUUACCCAGACUGUUGGUCUCAAUGGACGAACGUGUCACAUGUUUCUUUCAAAGGGCUCUGAACUCUUUGCCCGAAGGACUCGAAGGCAAAUAGGAACAAUUGAAUUUGUUGAUUCAUCCAUUUGCAACAGCCAUUUCAUUUUCCAUGCAAGUGAUAUGUCUCCAUGGCGAAGAUAUUUUUCUGACCAGAAAUGAACCCCAUCAACCUCCAUUUGAAUUGAGCUAUAUCUCAUCGUGGAAUUCAACCAGAAAUACCAAACAAAAAAUAAGCUGGUUUUCUUGCUUUUAAUAAUCUAACAUUCGCAAAAUAAACUUAUCAGCUAUUAAAU